AUGCAGCCCAAGAAGCGCUACCUGCUCGUGCUGCUCUCGUGCGCCUUCCUCGCCUACUGCUACUUCGGCGGCUACCGGUUAAAGAGCGACGGCGUCUGCGGAGAUGCCAUCGAGACGUCGCCGGACUUCCGGUGGUCGGGGAUCGGCACGCGCCCAGACGCGGACCCGUCGGCGCCGCACCGCCACUGCCGCAUGAGCAACUGCUUCGACUUCGGGCGGUGCCGCGGCGAGUUCAAAGUGUUCGUGUACCCCCAGGCGGACUACAUGGAGGUAGACAUUGGCCUGAACCCGGCCCCCUCCUACCAGAAAGUGCUGGACGCUAUCGUCGAGUCGCGCUACUACACGACCGACGCGCGCAAGGCGUGCCUCUUCGUGCUGGCCAUCGACACGUUGGACCGCGACCCUCUGUCUGCCGACUUCGUGCGCAACGUGCCCUCGCGGCUGCGCAAGCUCAAGCUCUGGAACGGAGGUCUCAACCACGUCAUCUUCAACCUGUACUCGGGCACCUGGCCCGACUACGCCGAGGACGACCUGGGCUUCGACCCGGGCAAGGCGAUCCUGGCCAAGGCGAGCAUGUCCGUGGCCAACCUGCGACCCGGAUUUGACGUCUCCAUCCCACUCUUCCACAAGAACCACCCGCAGCGCGGCGGCGAGCCGGGCUCCGUUCACGCCAACAACUUCCCUACGCGCAAGAAGUUCCUCCUCGCGUUCAAGGGCAAGCGCUACGUUCACGGCAUCGGCUCGGAGACGCGCAACGCGCUCUACCACCUGCACAACGACCGGGAUAUCGUCAUGGUAACGACGUGCCGCCACGGCAAGAGCUGGCGGGAGCUUAAGGACGGCCGCUGCGAUGACGACAACGCCGACUACGAAAGGUGA